AUGGAUAACACAGUUACGCUGGUGGUCACAUUGGUGGUUGCGUUCGUCUUCAUAGCGUAUUUUCUGGGCGAGAAGUCACCUGUGACAGAUGAAAUGGUUGCACGGGUCGCUCAAGUCGCGCCUUCACUAUCUCCAGAUGUCAUUCGUCGUGAUCUAGAACGGACCCGUAAUGUGCACCAGACAAUUGAUAACUACUUAAAUAACCAACUCGGGCCCACAGGGAUAAGCGAACCCCAUUCAGCAGAAACUACACAAUCAAUACAGAAACCCAAAGCACAAGCAGCUCAUUUCGAAGGCUUGGACUUUGAACAGAAGAAACGGGAAAUGGUGCUCAGGGCUCGUCAGAGAUUAAAUCUUAAUUAG